GCCGCGGGCGGCGCUCUGCAGCGAGGGUUAGCACGGCGGGUGAGGGGGGCCGCGGCCCGGUGCGGGGAGCAGGCAGGGCCGGGCGGGGCGGGCGGCAGUUCUGGGGGCCCCGCCGCGGCUCUGCGGUGCGGCCGGCUUGGGCCUGCGGGUUGCGGCCUGCUCCGGGCCCCCACUCAGCGCCCCGCUUGCCUCUGGCGGCGCGCAGAGAGGAGCUGGGAAGCCGGAGAAGAUGAGCGACGCGGCGCGGCUUCCAGGCGGUGAUCGGCAGCGCCCCGAAGACUAAUGCAGAAAAUCAACAAGAACGUGGUUCUGGCGCUGCUCUCUCUGACCAGCCUGGUUUUCCUCCUCUUCCAGUUGUACUAUUACAAGUUCUAUCUGUCGCAGAAGAAUGGAGCAGUGUUUUCCAAAGUCACAGGAGGCCAGUCAGGCCAAGACAGCACUAGAUGGCACGUGGUUAGGAAGUUCUUGAGCUUAAUAUCCAGUCACAAUAUACCAGUGUAUUUGAUCGAUCCUUUGAUUCUGGGACUGGUUGAUAAAGAUAUUGAACAGAUCAGAAGUUCUCCUGAUGGCCCUAGUCCAGAAUGCAAAUACUUUUGUGCUCCAAGAGACUUUACUACAUUUGCACUGCUGGACAAAACAUGGAAACAUGAACUGGGCCUUUUUAGAACUGCUGAGAAAAUGGGGUUCCAAUGGCUAAAAAUUAUAAACAAGGACCCCCGCUUGGAUGGGAUGGAUGACCUGUCUGGGAUUGAAAUUCCUUUGCACUACAUAUUUAAACUGGCAUCUCAUGCCAUUCACCUGGUGGUCUUCUAUGAGAGGAGUGGUAAUUAUCUCUGGCAUGGCCCCCUGAGGCUCAAGCAACAUAUGGACAGAAAGUUUGUGCCUUUCCGGAAACUCCACUUUGGUCGCUACCCUGGAGCAUAUGAAAAGCCAGAACUUCUGCUUGUUUCAAUUGAUGACUUAAAAGUUCAAAUUCCCAAAAACACAUCCAGUUUUCUAGAAGAGAUGUCACACUCUAGAUUUCUUGAAUGUAGGUACAGAGAAGCUCGGGCUUUCUUUCAGUUGUAUCCUGAUGAUGCUUCUCUUGAUGCAGUGGAGUUCAGAAAAAAAGCAAAAUCUUUGCUCCAUCUGGCUGCCCUGACACUAAAUAAGUUAGGGGUAAAGUUCUGGCUGAGCAGUGGAACGUGCCUUGGUUGGUAUAGACAGUGCAACGUCAUUCCGCACAGCAAAGAUGUGGAUUUGGGAAUCUUUAUAAGGGACUACAAAACAGAUAUCAUUCCAGCCUUUCAGAAAGCAGGCUUACCACUGAAGCACAAAUUUGGCAAGGUAGAAGACAGCCUAGAGCUCUCUUUCCAGGGAGAAGAUGAAGUGAAACUUGAUAUUUUUUUCUUCUAUGAAGAGGAUGACCACAUAUGGAAUGGAGGAACUCAGGCCAAAUCGGGCAAGAAAUUUAAGUAUCUCUUUCCAAAGUUUACUCUGUGUUGGACUGAAUUUGUAGAACUCAGGGUAUACGUGCCCUGUGAAACCCUUCAGUAUAUUGAAGCCAACUAUGGCCCAGACUGGAAGGUUCCUGUGAAGACAUGGGACUGGAAGAGCUCACCAUCCAACGUGCAGUACAACGGUAUCUGGCCUGUCGAUGAAUGGGAUGACGUCAUUCAGAUCUACUGACCAUCUGACUAUCCUUGGAACCGUCAGUUUGUAAUUUCCCAUUUCCCAAAGGCAUUUACUUUUUUUUUUUUUUUUUUUUUUUAGUAGUAGGCAUCUUUUUCUCCUUUAUCAUGCAUUUUUCAGGAAAAGAUUGAAGGCAACUGAAAGAAAGAGGAUCUGAAAGAAAAGCUGCUCAAAGGGAACAGAGAGAAAUGUUGCAGUAAACUUACGGGCUGUUUAACUGACUAUUUAAUUGACAUCUAAUUCACUAUUUAAAUGUAAACAGUGGCCAGGUGGCUUAGACUUUCUUUGGAUCAUCAAAACCAUGGGACUGUUCACUUCUCAAGCACAAGAGAGGGACAGGAUGGAAGAAUCACAGCGAAGUUCGUUUCUUUCAGAGGAGAUCUCCUAAAUAUUCAACUUUUAAACACCAGAGUUACGAGUAUCUCAGAUGUGCUUGAUUUGAGACUCAUACAUCCCUAUGAUAUGCAACAGGUUGCUCUUGUCAGUUGAGUGUUUCUAUUACACAGAACCCAUGUGACUCACCUGCUUUAAUGUAGGAGGUAUUGGGUAGUGGUGUGAUACUAAAUGAAUGGAAGGAGAAUUUAUCCACAUUGGACAUCUUCCAAUAAUAGCUGCUUUUUUUUUUUUUUUUUUUUAAGUGUGAAUUAACUAUUGCAUGCAAUUAUGACAGGGAAUGUUAUUUGCUUUUUUUAUUUCUUUUUCAAGGACAUGAAGGUGUAUGCUGCAGGGGUGUCUGCCCAUGAAAAAAUAAAUAUUCUGGGUUUAGUGUCCCAAUUAGUUUGUUCUCCCUGUAAAAGUUUUCACUAGAUUUUAGAGAAUUGUAGCUAUCUCUGCUUUCUUACAAGUAGAUGGAAAUGGGGUAUUCAUAGUUUUCUGUUUAACAUGGGCCCACAGAACAGAGAUGUUGGAGAACUGUAGCUCUUCAGGCAGAAGUGUGUAAAGAUGCCAACUGUUCCAUCAAAUUUGCAGUAGCAUAAUUACACUAACAUCCCACUUGCAACAUUAGGCUUUGGAUGAAAAUAAAGUGGAAGCCUGACAACUCUUCUCCUGCUUCUGCUUGUGCUUUUGGUCAAUGAAGUAAGCUUGCUUCUUCAGCAUUUUGGAGUGGAAUAAUAACUUUCAUAUGAGCAUAUGUGUCCAAAUUUAUUUCAGUCCUGCUGUGUGGGGAAGACAAGGGCAGUAGAGCUGCUAGUGAGUUAUGACUGGAAUGUAUAGUAUAGACCCAGGAGUACUUGUGAAUCAAGGGACUGAAUGGAGCUCACGUUUACUUGCACCAAACCUGUAUCCAUUCUUUCCUUGUUAAAGCAGAAAGGUUAUCUAUGGGUUGCAGCUUUUCCACCUUUCAUUGGGAAGAGGUGGGUUGAGUCUGUGUUUUGUGUUCUGUUGAUUUGCAGUUCUCUGCUGUGUAUUCAAAUGUGUACAGUUCUGGCGAGAUUAAAUAGCUACUGCUGUGCGGCUGUGUUACUACUGUAUCGUUCCAGCUGCAGUCUGGGCUUCCCUGCUGUUUUCAUCCUGGAGUGUGCUGCAUGCUUUUUCCUGCCAGCACUCUCAGUUCCAGCAGUCAGGAGGCUCAGUGCCACUGAAGCACUCGAGUAAAUUAUUCAGCUUCUGGCAACAACUUGUCAUGUUGUCUCUUCAAUUGGUGUGGUAACUUUGUUGGCUUUGUCUGAUUGAGAAGGGAGAGAUGUAAAAUCCUGCUAAUGCCAUUUACUCAGUAAAGUAAACACUAUAUCAUAAGGGAUAAUUUCUCAAAAGUUUUUGUAGUUUUUCCCUUGAAAUGAAAAAAAGCCAAUGUCUUUAUGGUUUUUUGUGUUCAGAACUCUGUUUUCACGAACUUUUGUUUAAUAAUGUACAAUAAGCUUGCAAGUUUUUCAAAUGUGAUAGAUGUUUAAGAGUGGGAAAAGAAGAAAGAAAAAAGAUACUAUCAGAAAAUUAUAAGCCUGUCAAUUUUUCUUUACUUUUUAGAUGGAAAGACAAAUGUUAAAAAAUGCAUGUCCCUGAAAGGGAUGAUGUCUUAAACAGUUGAUUAUACCUGUAAGUUAUUCUUCAGGUUAAAAUACUUUCUCUUCACAAGACGCAAGUGUAAUUAACACUGAUUAAAAGGAGAAGUUUAAUUUGCAACUCGGGAUGUUAUUUCAUCCUCUGUUUUGUCAUCUCGGGCAGCAUUUAACACACUUCAUCACAGUUACCCUAACAUAACGCACCGAGAAAAAUUUUGAGCUCUUUCUUACACUGUCUUAUCUUGAACUUUAAUUUUUAAAUAAAGAUACUUAAACACAACAAAGAUACUUGGAAUAAAGCAGGUGCCCAUAUGUAAAAAAAAGGAUCCCUCAAUUGCACACACACAUUUACCCUGACGGCAGAUUGUCUGCUUUUAGCAUUGUAUCCCAAGGAAUGGUGUGAACAUGGUAGAACUGGUGCUCUUUGAAGGCGCACCAUGAGGCUGAAGCCUUGCCAUGCCCAUGGAAACACACAGAUGUAGGCAUUUGUUUCCUGUUAAGUUCUCCUGGAUUGCCUCAUCUGAAAUGAAUUCUUAAUUCUGUGUUACCUUCCUAACUUACUAACUAGGUUGAUUUUGAAAGUUCUCUGAAGACAUGGGCAAUUUUUGAAUUCUUUUAAUGGCAUGCAUUUAAAGUCUUCAGCAACGACAUGCGAAGUACCUUGACUUCAUGUAGUAAAGAAAGCACAUUACGUAUGUGUAACUGUUAAAGAUAGCAGAGCCUAUUCAAGGAAUGCCCAUGAGCUGAGAAGAAGGUAGCAAGGUGUUCAAAGCUCCAGAGUAACUGCAAAGUAAGAUUGAAGAAAUAGGGUUCCCUGAAGAGAAGGGACCAUAAAAAGCCAUAUUCAAAAGAUGGUUGCAGAAUGGGCAUAUGUACUCCCUUGCCGUGAUUGGUAGGAAAUGGAAGUAAAUGGAAGGAACGUGAA